CUCAUCUCCUCUGUGGACCCCAAAUUUCUGAACCUCACCAAAGUGGACGACCAGAUCUACAGCGAGUUCAGGAAAACCUUCCGGGAUCUUAAAAUCGACGUGUUGGACCCCGAAGAUCUCAAAUCAGAGCCGGCCAAGGAGAAGUGGAGGCCGUUCUGCCUGCGCUUCGAGGGGGUGGUGGAGGAUUUCAACUACGGCACCCUGCUCCGCCUGGACUGCCGGGAGGACUACACCGAGGAGAACACCAUCUUCGCCACCAGAAUCCAGUUUUUCGCCAUCGAAAUCGCUCGGAAUCGGGAAGGUUGUAACAGCGUUGUCUACGGCAGAGCCAAGGACCCUGUGUCGGG